CGGGUAUACUAGUAGUUUGGUGACGUAAUGUUCGGGCCAGUCCAGCCGUGCGGUAAACAAGUUGAGAACAGACUGGGAUAAACUUCGCUUCGCCAAGUCAACUGCGGAUUUUCAUCCAAAAUUCCCCAUUUCUCCCCUGUUUUUAAAGAUAACAGGGUGCCAAAAAUGCCUGAGGAUAGGUCGCUCAAGUCCUUCAAGCAGAGAAAGAGCCUUGCGACGAGAAGGGACGAAGUUGAGGGUAUUAGAGCGAAAUUUCCUACGAAAGUCCCCGUGAUAGUGGAGAGAUAUCACAAAGAGAGGGAGCUGCCUAUCUUGGACAAGACCAAGUUCCUGGUGCCACAAGAGUUGACCAUGAGCCAAUUUGUCACAAUCAUUAGGAACCGAAUGUCUCUGAGUGCGUCCCAGGCAUUCUACCUUAUCGUGAACAAUAAGAGUCUGGCCAGCAUGUCCACAACACUAGCGGAGAUCUACAAGGAUGAGAAGGAUGAGGAUGGCUUCCUGUACAUGACAUACGCUUCACAAGAGAUGUUCGGAUGCUAAGUACACACGACCAGCUAAAAAAGAACUGUGCAGCUAAGAUGAAAAUUAUCUGUGUAUUCUUCAAUCAAAGCAGUCUAAUCCAAUCAUGCCUGCAUUUAAUACCCACCAAUAGGUACUUCAUGAGCAGAUAUUGGGGUCUUUUUUGUGUAAUAACUUCUUCUUACCUUGGGUAUUGACUUUUUUCUAAUGUAGAACUUUCAUGAGGCAUUUCCUCAUGUAAAGUAUACAUUCCACGUGUGAUUGCAAAAUGCAGGGACUUAUAACAACCUCAUAGUUUUUGCCAUGCACUUCUAUGUUUUUGGCUCAAGUUACACCAUCCUUUGUUUGCUG